CGCGAUGCGUUAGAUCAAGUAUGAAAAACCGUCCCGUAUUUACUGCGAUUUCGGUUAACAAAUGAAUCAUCGUCAUCGGAAGCGGUUGCACUGAUUGGAACUUCAACCCUCAAACUGCUACGCAUCGUUAUACUCUCGAGCCGUCGAAAGUCUCGAGCGCAAAUUAUUAUCGAGAGUGUCGAGUGAAACGUCAUGCCUUCAUCAUAUUAUGACGAUUCGAAAUUUCAAGUUUGCAUUCUGCGAUUCUGGCUUGCCGAGGACAAAAUAUUGGCUCCAACUGGAAUUGCAUGUGCACAAACCUAUGCGCAAUUAUUGGCAGCGUACCUCUACCAGAAUGAUCUAUGCAACGCGAAAUAUCUCUGGAAGCGAAUUCCCUCAAACGUGAAGGCCGCAAACGAAGAACUCGGGCGGAUAUGGCUUGUAGGACAGCGCAUGUGGCAACGCGAUUGGGCAGCGGUACACGUGGCUCUCAACGCGGAUUGGAGUGAGGACGUCACGGACAUAAUGACAGCUCUUAAAGACAAGGUUCGAGAACGGAUAAUGAAGCUGAUAUCGAAGGCGUACUCCUCACUGGAUUUGACGGUCUUGGCAUCAAUGACCGGACUCUCAUUGGACGAAGCGCGACGGACCGCAAUUGACAGGGGUUGGAGCAUUGAUGGCGCUAUGGUGCAACCUCGCAAGCCUGACGAGGACGAGUGCAAUCUGUCGAACGAGGUCUGCCUGACUGAGGACCAGCUGCAAAAGCUCACACAAUUUGUGUCCUUUUUAGAGAAUUGAAGACUCCCCUUUGUAACCGGGUCUCAACGGGUAAAAAACAUGUGUCAGAAAAAGAUCUCAACCUCCGUUUUGAAGUUGAACUUGAAACGAUACCGCCGUUUGUACAUACGCGCUGCAAGUAACCCUAUAUUAUAUGAAGGAGGAAGUGCGCGCCAAAAGUAGCAUCAUCCGUGUCCGUGUCCCGUCGUAAAAUAAAUACACCCGACAAGAAGAGAGAAAGAGGGGGAGAGAGAGAGAGAGGGAGGGAGGGAGGAGAGAGAGGAGAGGGAGAGAGACGGAUAGACGAGGAGAGAGAUAGAUGGAUAGAGAAAGCUACCCACGUGCGAUUUGUUCGUUCGAUCGGAAGGAUAAUUCAAUGAGGCUUCUCGCAAGCGUGGAGUCAACAACUAUAUUAAUCGAUAAUCAGCUGUGCGUGCGAGCGGGCGAACUGGCAUUUGCAGAACGGGAUCCUCCGUGAGGAGCUUCCUUCUUUUCUUCCGCUGCCCUCUCCCACCCUCAAUCCCUGCGCGCUAUCGUACCGCGCUCUCCUACCACGAUCUGGAUUCCCUGAAAAUACUCGCCAUUGGCAACCGUUCGCAUCGUUGUAAUUAUCAAAGUGGAUCGCCGCAGUUAGAAUCGCGCAGGUAGCCGUUAACGUUCUGUAGUGCGACGACGUGCCUCUCUUCUCUCUCUCUCUCUCUCUUCUCUCUCUCUCUCUCUCUCUCUCUCUCUCAUUUUCUUUCUCUCUUUUUCUCUUUCUCUUUCUCUUUCUCUCCAUCUCUUUUUCGGGCGCGGGUGCUUUCACGUGCGCGGUGCGCUCACAAUUGCACGUGUGAUUCGCGAUAUUCGCGGAGUCGAUCGACGAGACGCAGGGGGAAAGAAAGGAGCGCCGAAGAAAUCGGAACUGUCUGUUCAAAGCGGUCCGUGCUUCGCUCGAUUUUGAUAAAAUGUGUUAUAAUAACUGCAAGUGAGUGUAUUUGCUACCCCCCCCUCCUAUUCAUCGGCUACCAUUAUCCUCAUGCAACACGUUCCCAAUUGACGUCAGUCAAGUACGCGUUCCUGAGAAUUGCUCACAGCGAAAACGCAUUUUCGAGUAUAACACAGAUUGGCGAUCGACCUCGCGAGCAGCUCACCUUCAAUUUGCACGUUUUCAACGGCUAAUUGAGAAUAGAGACGCGCAUUAUCGUACUUGACGUUACCGUUUAUUACGAUUGCUAAACAACGUCACUUGAAAAAACAAGAAGAGCGAUAUAUCAAGCAACCGAUAUUACAGUGCAGCCUGCCUUCGUUCACAUCGACUUACAUAAACUUCCAAAUUCUUUUUUCUUAUUCUUUUUAUUAAAGAUUUUUAUUAUUAAGGAUUGAAUCGAAAAGUCAUCGGUGAAAGCGGCUCUGCAUCAACGGGCGUUAAGACCUCGGCGCAUCACCGCGACAAUUUCAAUUUCCGCAGGGUGCACUUUCCGGGUGCGCUGCGACGCCAGCCGCGCGUCGCGUCGGUCAGCAAAGGCGAGCGUUUCCGCGGGAACAUUCGCGCUCGCGCGUGAAAGCCGCGGUCGACGCGGACCGGACAAAAAAUCGCACUCUCGGGGAGAUUCAGCGAGGUUACAUCACACGCGAAUCAAGUCCUCGCUCUCGAGCAGACUCGGAAAAAUCGCGCGCGCGCGCGCAGACAGGUAUGUGAGCGCUCGCUCGCUCGCCCGCUCGCAAGGUGUACUCCGAGCACGCUCCGCGGCAAUUCCCUAUGAAAUCGAUUCCGGGCCGACCGGCAUUGUUAUGUGCUGUGCCGCCGAUCGCGCGCGCGCGGUGCGGCGCGUUACGCAAUCCCGCGGGUAUCCUCGAGGAGACCGGCGAGCAGGUAGCUCGCGGUCUCCCCCCGGUCUGCACCGGUACUCGGAGCCUUGCUCUUUUUUGGGCUCCACCGCCGCACUCGAGAAAGUUGUUGCACCAGUAUCCGCUGGUCCUACACGCGUUAGUGCGAUCGCGUUGCUCUCGCGCGUCGCUAAUCCGCACCUAUCGCCGUCGAGAGCCUAUCACUCCGCAGAAUGCUUGAAAAGCUACGUGCCGCCAGGCGCCGGUGAAAUGAUCGACCUGUGCGCGGAUUUAUUCCUACGCAGGGCGAAAGCGACGCAGCAACGCUCGCCGACACGUUGCUUGUUGUUAUUGUUGCUUUUGGCCGUUUGGCCGAAAAUGUACGUCUCGGUACGGCUGAUAUGUCCAAGCGCGCGUGAUCGCGGCUACUUUACGUCCCCGACUUCCGUGGGAAUCGAUAAAGAUAUUGAGAAAGAAAGACGUGUGUGGUCACUUUGAACCUUGCGAAUUUGUCGACUACAUGAAAGUAAAUCGAAGGCACUCCUGUAAACUCACUUUCUUUCAAUCAAGGAAUGACAAAAUCCCCCGCAUCGCGUUGGUACAUCUGGAACAUUUGAGCGCGUAAUGAUGAUUCACGACGCAUCAUCGACGAUAUAAUCGUGACUUUACCGGGAAUCAACAAGGAAACUGACAAAGCACCGCGUUAUUUUUAAUACCAAUCCUGAGAGUUUCUCGACAACGCAAAGAUGUAUCGGCAAAAUUAAUCUUUCUCAAUUAACGGAUGACAGAUUCUUACGUUACAUGUGAUUCAAGUGACUCACUCAGGCACUCAUCGUGUGUUUCGAUGCGCGCGUCGCCCAGUCGGCAAAAUGUCGCGGAGCGAGAUUAAUUAACGUCAAAUUGGUCAAGAAGACCGCGCGAACGACGCUCGCGCACGUAGCUCUUCGGCAUCCUCUGCGCAACGCGCCUCCGCCAGAUUCUCACACCUGCGCGGUCCCAGCGCGGCGGCGCUCUCCUCGACGCUUCGAGGAGCGUCGACGAACGUGAGAAUCGCCACGGAGAUCUGCCGCGUUUCCUCGCGAACGAUUGUUUCGAUCUCCGCGCUUUCGAGCGCAGCGCGCGGCGCAUUAUUCGAUCCGACCGAGUUCGCGGAUAUUUCGCGAGGAAUAUGCAUGCUAACGAGAAGUCGAAACGCUCGUCUGUGCCGGAUCGCGCUUCUAUUAUGCGGGAUAGAACAUGCAUAUCACGGUGUACCCUCCGGAGUCACGACGGUGAAAGCCUUUGUGUUAUAGGCCUUGCCUUUUUCAUCUCGUGCAACAGAUUGAAGUGUGUUUUUCUAAAUCUCGCGUUAAAACGCGCUUAUGAUGAUUACGGAGCUAUCUCGGCGCGACGAAUGCGGGAAUGUCGGGCGGGCUGCGGGAAAAUUUCGCGCUUCUCGCGCGAGAGACUGUGUAGCCGCUGUCAGAAAUGUUCUCUCUUUUUUUUCUUUGUAAAUACGCAGUCACGACGUCACAUGUAUGUAUACUGUAUUCAUGAACAACUUUCGAACCGAUCACGAUGUUACAUUGUUGACUUGAUGAUUCUCUCCUGUAAUAAACUUUCCCGAUCGCA